GGGGUCUGAACUGCUUUCAGCCUGCCUGGGCUGGGUGGCCUCUCUGCUUCAGCAGUAUGAAGAAAGUGUAGUUAUUGGAAGAGAAGAAGAUGGGAGUUUGGAGUUGGCACCUGAAUUGGCAGCGUUCAGGCUGUGGACAAAGGAUGAGACCUGGUGGAUGCGGGGGAACAGGUCUCGUUCAUAUUUGGAGAUGAAGUGCCAUCAAGAAGGUUCUUUCUUUUGCUGUCUGUCCCUGGUGCUCUCCAAUGGUGCCCCAGACUUGUUGCAGGUGGACAAAUAUCAAAAUCGAUGACUGAAUAUGGGAUCAAGCUUCAGUGGAGGGAAGACAGACUGUAUUAAUAUGGAUGCCAUGCAUAAGAAAAAUAUUACAGAAUAAUGAAGGCCUGCACUACUCCGUGCCCUCCUGUCACUAUGGGAAUCAACCUUCCACCUACGGGGUGAUGGCAGGCAUCAAGUCUGCAACUCCAGAGAUGCUCUCAGCAAGUCUCUCCCAGACUCGUAUCUUACAGACCUGCAGCAUGCCUCACCCCAAUGUGGUAAAUGGUGUCAGCACCUUGCAAAGUGGCCUGACGCCCUGCCUGUACAAGUUCCCGGAGCACGCGCUGGGUGCCAGCUCCUGUGCCCUGGGCCACGGCUUCGCGGCCCUGCCCCAGCCCCUGCUCACCGAGGAGCCCGCGGAGUUCAAGCAGGAGUUCCGCAGGAAGAGCAAGCCCGCCGAGGAGCCCGUGGACAUGGACUCCCCCGAGAUCAGGGAGCUGGAGAAAUUCGCCAACGAGUUCAAGCUGCGGAGAAUCAAGCUGGGUUAUACCCAAACCAACGUUGGAGAGGCCCUGGCUGCUGUGCAUGGCUCCGAGUUCAGCCAGACGACGAUUUGCCGCUUUGAGAACUUGCAGCUGAGCUUCAAGAACGCCUGCAAACUGAAAUCCAUCCUGUCCAAGUGGCUGGAGGAAGCAGAACAAGUGGGAGCUUUGUAUAAUGAAAAAGUUGGGGUGAAUGAACGGAAGAGGAAGCGCAGAACCACCAUAAGCAUCGCUGCCAAGGAAGCCCUGGAGAGGCACUUUGGAGAACAAAGUAAACCAUCUUCUCAGGAAAUCAUGAGGAUGGCUGAGGGGCUCAAUCUUGAGAAGGAAGUCGUGAGAGUUUGGUUUUGCAAUAGAAGACAAAGAGAAAAAAGAGUGAAGACCAGUUUACACCAGAAUGCCUUCAGUUCUAUUAUCAAGGAGCACCACGAAUGCCGGUGAAGCUUUUCCACGUACACAUGUGGAUUUCUGGUUUGCUUUUUGUAAAUAUUGUAAAUACUGUGUUGUUAAAAAAGAGGAAAAUCAGUAAACCCCUCAUUCCUCCUCCAUGCUACCAGCAGCUGUAGCAUGGGAAGGAUUUUGCUGUCAUUAAUUAAGGCACUGUGAGCUCACCAGGACAGAGGUGUCACACUGCUCCUACUGCAUGCUGUGUCUCAGCCCAAUAUUGUAAAGCAGAAGUGGCUUGGAUAAUGCUUGUUAUCAAAGGUAAUUCUUGCUAAUUUGUUAUGUGCCUCAAAGUUUGUUUUGGGUAGGCUUAGCUAUAAAAACAGGAAUACAGUUUAUCUGACCUCAGGACUUUGUGGCCUGAGGGGAAGAAAAAGGGUUUUAUUACAUUGGUCUUUCUCUGCAUUGUACUUUCUUCUGAUUAAAACCAUGUGUGGACAUACUUACACCAGAGGUGGUGUGUUAAGCUGAAAAAGUACACAAAAUAAGAAUUUAUUGCACUGCACAUUCCCUCUCUAUUACACCCCACUAAUUGAAAAUAAUCCCUUAUUUGUCAUCCUCCUGCCUCGAGAUAAUCGAGGGGAAAAAAAACCCAGUGCCAGAGCUCCACCUAUCAGGGAGGCACUGAGAAAACUGAAUUAAUGACUGUAGUACUCACCAGGGAUAGAUUAUCCAGCCAUCUCAUCAGCCCUGCUCAUUGUUAUGGGAAUUAGCCCAUUACCAUAUAAGUAUUUUGACUGUUUUCCCAGGACUGAAAUUAAGUGAGUACACGCAAGUAGUCCUGGCCAGAUGCAUUUUAUUUUUCCAUAAAACAAACCUGAUGAUUUAGAAAAUGUCUCUAUAAUAGGCCCACAGAAAGCCAGAGGAGUUUAAUGUUCAAGACCACUUAGAAGCAGCAUGUACAAGUUAAGUGCUCACUCUCCAGUGCACAUUAAAUUAUCUCUGAUACUUAUUACAGUGACCGUAAGCAUAUUCACCAAUGGAAAUCAGGCUCCUGGAUUUCUAAAAAUCCACAUUUUUAUGGAUGAAUGCACCACUCUAAGCCCUUAACUGAGAAGAAAACUUCAAUUGAAUAACUCAAAGGGGACAAACUGUGGCUGUGUGCUCCCUUCAGGCUGCUUUCAUCACUAGCAUAGCUCAUUGCUAUAGCAGAGACCAAGGUGCAUACUUUUAUCCACCGCAGGUUACCAGCAGGUCAUGAACUUCACAAAAAAAGUUCAGCUGAGAGGAUCAGCACUCAGCAAAGGUGGUGGCAUGCAUUGGUGUGUCUUUCAUGUGAUGUGGUCAAAUGUUAUGUGUGUUGAAAUCACUAUCUGGUAUAUAUAGAACUUUAUUUAUAUUCUAAAUUAUUUUCUUAAUUAUAAAAGGUUUCCUAGAAAUGCUAUCAGCCUGUACU